AAAAAUCCCGCUGGGUCUGUUUCCCAAACUUUGGGCCUUUCUGGGGGGUUUUGCUGCCGGUUCUGCAAUUCUAUAGGUAACAAGGACGACAGAACUCCUUCACAAGUGAAACCCCUGCCCCAUAAAACCGACAGAAAAGCCAUGGAAAUCGAUCAAAAUUUAGCUCAGAAGAAGCAAAAGAACAAGCACAAGAGAAGACAUGAAGAGGCUGAAGCUGACGCCGCAGAGGCAGAGGUGGUUGUAGAGUCGAAACAUGAGAAGAAAAAGAAGAAGAAAGAGAAAAAAGGAGAGAUUUUGAGAGAUGGGCUGUCACCGGAUGAUGAAAAGGCUGAAACUGGAAAUGGGUCAAUUGAGGAAUAUGAAAAAAAGAAGAAGAAAAAGAAGAAUAAGGGGAGUCAUGAAGAUUCGGUGAAUAAUGGGUUGUUGCCAGAUUCUGACGCAAAGACUGAAACUUGUAAUGGGUCAGUUGAGGAAUCAAAGAAAAAGAAGAAACAUAAGAGCAGCAAAUUGGAAGAGGAGGCCAAUGGGGCAGCUGAAAAUGUUAAUGGCUCUUUGGAGAAAAGUAAAGAGACAGAGAGAAUUGACGGUACGGAAGUCAUUGAGAAUAACGGGAAUGUGGUGAAGUCAGGAAAAGAUGUUAAUGAUUCAAAGUACAAGCCUUUGGAAUCAUUUGCAGCAUCAGGGCUUGCGGAUAAUGUGCUGGAAUGCUGCAAGAAUUUUGAUAGACCAUCGCCAAUUCAAUCCAAUUCGUGGCCUUUCCUGUUGGAUGGUCGUGACUUUAUUGGCAUAGCAGCCACUGGAUCGGGCAAAACGUUGGCAUUUGGGAUUCCAGCUAUUGUGCAUAUUUUGAAUAAGCGAAAGAGUAAAACAUCUAAGAAAGUCAAUCCACUUUGUCUAGUACUUUCGCCUACAAGAGAAUUAGCCCAACAAAUUGCAGAUGUUCUAUGUGAUUCUGGAAAACCUAGUGGAGUGAGUUCUGUCUGCAUAUAUGGAGGAACUUCCAAAGGACCCCAGAUAUCUGCUUUAAAAUCUGGCGUGGACAUUGUUAUUGGAACACCAGGUCGUCUAAAGGACUUAAUUGAAAUGGGAGUAUGCCGCCUUAAUGAAGUCUCCUUUGUGGUACUAGAUGAAGCUGAUCGGAUGCUUGAUAUGGGUUUUGAACCAGAAGUUCGCGCCAUAUUGAGCCAGACAGCCUCUGCUCGGCAAAUGGUUAUGUUUAGUGCAACAUGGCCUCUACCAGUUCACCAACUCUCUCAAGAAUUUAUGGAUCCCCAUCCUAUUAAGGUAGUGGUUGGAUCGGAGGAUUUAGCUGCUAACCACGAUGUCAUGCAAAUUGUGGAGGUUUUGGAUGAUCGGGCACGCGAUGAGCGCUUGACAAACUUAUUAGAAAAAUACCACAAAUCGAGAAAGAAUAGAGUAUUAGUUUUUGUACUCUACAAGAAAGAAGCAUCUCGGGUAGAAAAUAUGCUACUGAGAAGGGGAUGGAAAGUUGUUUCCAUAAGUGGUGACAAAGCACAAAAUGCCCGUAACCAGGCACUCUCUGCGUUUAAGGAUGGAAGUUGUCCGUUGCUGAUUGCAACUGAUGUUGCUGCUCGAGGCUUAGAUAUCCCUGAUGUUGAAGUUGUAAUCAACUACAGUUUUCCUCUUACGACGGAGGAUUAUGUGCACAGAAUUGGAAGGACCGGACGAGCUGGUAAAAAGGGUGUCGCUCACACAUUUUUCACAAAAGAAAACAAGGGUCUUGCCGGGGAGUUGAUAAACGUUCUCAAAGAAGCAGGGCAGGUUGUUCCUGCUGCUCUCCUGAACUUCGGAACUCAUGUUAAGAAGAAGGAGUCGAAGUUAUAUGGGGCGCAUUUUCGAGAGAUUGGUGCAGAUGCUCCAAAAGCUACAAAGAUAACAUUUGGCGACUCCGAUGAUGAAAGUUGAGUGUCUUCAGAAGUAUACCUAAAUUUGUUAUUUAUGUUAGACGAAUGGUACUGCAGAAGUUGCAACAAUAUGUCAAUUUUGACCUCAGUAAUAUGCUUUAGGAAAGCGAUUCCUUUCCAGUUUCUCUGUAAUCUGUAUCUCGACUCUUGAUGCUAAACUAUUGUUAGGUUAUAGGAAAUAUUGAUUCAAAUCUGCUGACAACUUCCUGUUCUGAGUUAAGACAACUUCCUUCCAUAUGGAAAGGACGAAAUCAGGAACUCGUAGUUUAGACAUAAUAUAUCAAUGCUGCUGCUGCUGCUGCUGCGGAUUUCUUAUUGAACAACAUUCAUGAAUCCAAAAACAUUCCCAUCUGCCAUUUUCAUCAACUCCCAAACUAGCUUUCCCGAUCCAACAUCAUUGUACAAAGCAAAACAUCCGAUCAGUGAAUCCGUCCCACCUUACCCUUUAGCCUUUAUCCUCAACAAAUGGCACUUUAUCCCUCAUACUCCAAGUCUCCUCAAAUAGCAACUCCCGUGGAAUUGAUGGUAAUUCAACCGUCCAGAUGGCCAAGCAACUGGUUCUUAGAACACUGAGCCUCGGGGUUCCUAAAUUUCCCGAGUAAAUUAAAGGAUUGGUUACGUGUUCAUAGCUUAACCUGAAAUAUUUGGCUGUAAAGAAAGGAAAAAUAAUGCCCAGUGUACGCGUUGGUAAGUUUCAAGGUCUGCUUUUCAGAAGCAAUGACGUGCUUGUUAGCUCUAAAGCCGGGCUCUGAGAAUAAUGGAUGUGUGAAUAUAUACCGAUUGUAAAGUUCGAACAAAACCGUUUGAUGAUCAACUAAUGCCGGUUGAAGCACAAGAAGCAGUGUCAGCUCUUAGGAAUAUAAUGAAUAAUUUUAAUGUACGUGGUCUCAUGAAGGUUAGUAGAGACGAAGUUGAAGAGAUGCACGAUUUACCAGUUAGACUAAUGCGAUGCAAUAGAUUAGGUAUUUUGGAAAAUGUAUACAUGUAUUAUUUUAAAAAAAAAAUUCAAAAUUUGUAAUCUUUUAUAAAUUUUUUUUUUGAGGAGAGAUAAUCAUUUUGUAAAUAUUUUCAAUUUACGCUGCGUGGUAACUUUAACAUGUGAGUUUGAUAGGUUAUUGGAGAAUUCAUUGUCAUGGAAGGAGAAGUAGACAUAUAAAUUAGUCCUACUUUCUCACUCAGUGUAGUUGUGUCA